AUAUUCACAUUGACAUCGUUCAUUCCAGAUACCUCGAAUCCAACCCUCAACAGACUGCUUUUCAUCAAAGGACAACGUGGCCCGAAACUGAUCUUCGAUGGAUAUUCUUUCAACAGAAACAAAGGCCACGGUCAAGCCACCUACUGGCGUUGUACGAAACAUCAAUCGCUCGGCUGCAAAGCCAAAUUGGUUACCACAAAUCUUGGCAAAAAGAUUUCCAUCGGUACUCCGGUUCACUGUCACAUGGCUGAUUACGGUCAAUUGAUCUGAAUAUCGGAAGGAAUAAAACAGGCUGGGAAGGGUUCGGACGAUAUUUGAAACAUUAAUUGAAAUGUUGUACUAGAUUCUUGAAACUGACCUUUGAUAAUGUGUUUUCCAUGCUUUUGCGGUUCCUGAGGUUUCAGCCAUUAUGUAAUGCUUUGUAGAUCACUAUAGUAACUGUAGUACAGCCUUGAUUAAGCGUCAAUUUUGGUGUAUUUUUUGCGAAAUUAUAUAUCGGAUGUUUUUAUCUAGUACUGCGUUUAAGUUUUCUUCAAAGAUGCAGAGCUUUGCGAUCAAUUUUUGCGUUGUGUUAUUUGUGUAUCAUGCCCGCUUAACAAAACAAAAAAUGUUCAUUUCAGAUCCACUGAAUCCUGCUCACAACAGGCUGCUGUUUAUAGUGGGACAGCGCGGCCGAAAGUUGGUAUUUGACGGAUUUUCUUUUCACAUAGACAGACACCGAAACGAGUACAUCUAUUGGCGUUGCUCAAAGCAUUCUUCGCUUGGUUGCAGGGCAAGAUUGAAAACCACAAAUAAAGAUUUCAAACAAUACUUCAGCGAACUGACACCAACUGCGACAAAGAAGCCGACUGUCAUUACCCUGGACAACCAAGAGCUGGAUUUCGUGCCCGGUCAACGUGGUACCAGUUUGCUCCGGAUCAACAACUAUUGCUACGCAAAAAAUAACAAAUCACAAAACUCGACCUACUGGGUGUGUCGUACCAGAGUGCAGCACCGGCCGUGCAAUGCCCGAGUCGUUACCACGCUGAAAAGCAACGGAUUGUAUCGGAUUUUGAUCACCAAUCCGGUGCACAUUCACGAGCCGAACAAAUACAGUGCGUAUAGAAGUGUUGGGCAGGUCAAGAGGAGGCCCAAACUGGUGGCACCAAAGCCGGUGCUGGAGGAAAUUUUCACUUUCACGUUUGAUUCGGACUAGAACUGGAAUGAGUUAAAGUAAAAUUCUUUUAUUUUGUUUUGAUUAUGCAACCAAAAGAAAGAGUUUUUAAAUACAGAUAGUGCCAUAACGUCAUACCAUU